GGUGGGCGGGCCCAAGAGCAUGGAGGCCUAGCAAGCUUGCUUGCGGCGAGGGCUGGCCGUGCUUCGCCGGAAGGCGCCUUGUUCUCCGGGACGGUGGGUUGCAACUCUUGCCCGGGGAAGGAAGCCGCGGGAGUGGCUCAGGAGUUCCAUCUUCUUCCUCUGAAGACUUAGCUGUCUUGCGCCAUGAAGGUCAGGACAAUCUGACAUGUACUUGUUUCUUGUCUCUUCACUUGAAGACUAGUCUUCAUCCAUUGUGUACAUUUUUUUUUCUUAACAGGGAAGGGGAGGGGAGAAUUAGUUCCCCCCCUCCCCUUCCCUCCCCAGACCUUCAGCAAAUACCCUUCAUUACUUUACCAAGAUGGCGGACCCCAUCAUGGAUCUGUUUGAUGACCCAAAUUUAUUCGGCCUGGACUCUCUGACUGAUGACAGCUUUAAUCAGGUCACUCAAGACCCCAUUGAGGAAGCACUUGGACUGCCAAGCUCUCUGGACUCCUUGGAUCAGAUGAACCAAGAUGGUGGAGGUGGUGAUGUGGGGAAUCCAUCAGCAAGUGACCUGGUUCCCCAGCCAGAGGAAACGGCUCCCGCUGAACUUCCCAAAGAAUCCACAGCUCCAGCUCCCGAGUCCUUAACCUUGCAUGAUUAUCCCACUCAGCCCGCCAGCCAGGAGCAGCCAGCCCAACCUGUCUUGCAGACAUCAGCGCCAACAUCAGGGCUUUUGCAGGUCUCCAAAGGCCAGGAGAUCCUGAGCCAAGGGAAUCCUUUCAUGGGUGUCUCUGCCACAGCUGUCUCCCCAAGUAAUACUGGAGGCCAACCAUCUCAGUCAGCCCCGAAGAUUGUUAUCCUUAAAGCCCCACCAAACUCCUCAGUCACGGGUGCCCAUGUGGCGCAAAUUCAGGCCCAAGGUAUCACCAGCACAGCUCAGCCCCUAGUGGCUGGCACAGCCAAUGGUGGAAAAGUCACUUUUACCAAAGUGCUAACUGGCACACCCCUCCGACCAGGUGUUUCCAUUGUCUCUGGUAAUACAGUGUUGGCCACCAAGGUCCCUGGGAACCAGGCUGCUGUUCAGCGCAUCGUCCAGCCGAGCCGGCCAGUAAAGCAGCUAGUCCUCCAGCCAGUUAAGGGUUCGGCUCCUGCUGGAAACGCUGGGGCUCCAGGGCCCCCACUGAAGCCUGCAGUUACGCUGACUUCUACACCUGCCCAGGGUGAAUCGAAACGCAUCACCUUGGUCCUCCAACAGCCACAGUCCGGAGGUCCCCAAGGACAUCGGCAUGUUGUGCUAGGGAGUCUACCAGGCAAGAUAGUGUUACAGGGCAACCAGCUGGCAGCCUUGACUCAAGCCAAGAAUGCCCAGGGGCAGCCUGCCAAAGUAGUAACUAUUCAACUGCAGGUGCAGCAGCCACAGCAGAAAAUCCAGAUUGUACCACAACCUCCAUCAUCACAGCCACAGCCACAGCCGCCUCCCUCAGCCCAGCCAUUGACACUGUCCUCUGUGCAGCAGGCUCAGAUAAUGGGACCAGGACAAAACCCAGGCCAAAGGCUCUCUGUACCACUCAAGAUGGUGCUGCAGCCACAGGCUGGUUCAUCUCAGGGAGCCUCUUCUGGCCUCUCUGUGGUUAAAGUUUUAAGUGCCAGUGAAGUGGCAGCCCUGUCAUCACCAGCAAGCUGUUCUCCUCAUACUGGGGGGAAGACUGGAAUGGAGGAGAACCGCAGGCUUGAGCACCAGAAAAAGCAAGAGAAAGCAAAUCGGAUUGUGGCAGAAGCCAUUGCUAGGGCCCGGGCCAGGGGCGAGCAGAACAUCCCUCGGGUCCUGAACGAGGAUGAGCUGCCCAGCGUCCGGCCAGAGGAGGAAGGGGAGAAGAAGCGCAGGAAGAAGAGCGGCGGAGAAAGGCUGAAGGAGGAGAAGCCUAAGAAGAGCAAAACUUCUGCUGCCUCCAAAACAAAGGGCAAGAGUAAGCUAAACACCAUUACUCCUGUAGUGGGCAAGAAGAGAAAACGUAACACAUCAUCCGACAACUCUGAUGUGGAAGUCAUGCCUGCGCAGUCACCGCGGGAGGACGAGGAGAGCAGCAUCCAGAAGAGACGUUCAAACCGCCAAGUUAAACGAAAAAAAUACACAGAGGACCUGGAUAUAAAGAUAACAGAUGAUGAAGAAGAGGAGGAGGUUGAUGUAACUGGUCCAAUAAAACCCGAGCCUAUCCUCCCAGAACCAGUGCAGGACCCUGAUGGCGAGACUCUGCCUUCCAUGCAGUUCUUUGUGGAGAAUCCCAGUGAAGAAGAUGCAGCUAUUGUGGACAAAGUGCUUUCCAUGCGAAUUGUGAAGAAAGAGCUUCCUUCUGGACAAUACACUGAGGCUGAGGAAUUCUUUGUCAAGUACAAGAACUACUCCUAUCUGCACUGUGAGUGGGCAACUAUCUCCCAGCUGGAGAAAGAUAAGAGGAUCCAUCAGAAAUUAAAGCGGUUCAAAACCAAAAUGGCUCAGAUGAGACACUUCUUCCAUGAGGACGAAGAGCCCUUCAACCCAGACUAUGUGGAGGUGGACAGGAUACUGGACGAGUCGCACAGUGUUGACAAGGACAAUGGUGAGCCUGUCAUUUACUACCUGGUGAAAUGGUGCUCUCUGCCCUAUGAGGACAGCACAUGGGAGCUAAAAGAGGAUGUUGAUGAGGGCAAGAUUCGGGAGUUUAAACGGAUCCAGUCAAGGCAUCCAGAACUCAAGAGGGUGAAUCGUCCACAGGCAAGUGCCUGGAAGAAAUUGGAGUUGUCACAUGAAUAUAAAAACAGAAACCAGUUACGGGAAUAUCAGCUAGAAGGAGUCAACUGGCUCCUCUUUAAUUGGUAUAACAGGCAGAACUGUAUCCUGGCUGAUGAAAUGGGAUUAGGCAAAACUAUUCAGUCAAUUGCCUUCUUGCAGGAGGUAUACAAUGUAGGCAUCCAUGGUCCGUUUUUGGUCAUUGCUCCAUUGUCCACCAUUACUAACUGGGAGCGAGAAUUCAAUACAUGGACAGAGAUGAACACUAUUGUGUACCAUGGCAGCUUGGCCAGUCGGCAGAUGAUUCAGCAGUAUGAGAUGUACUGUAAAGACUCGAGGGGUCGCCUCAUCCCAGGUGCAUAUAAGUUUGAUGCCUUGAUCACCACUUUUGAGAUGAUUUUGUCAGAUUGUCCUGAGCUUCGUGAAAUUGAGUGGCGCUGUGUGAUCAUCGAUGAGGCACACCGGCUAAAGAACCGUAACUGCAAGCUGCUGGACAGCCUGAAGCACAUGGACCUGGAGCAUAAAGUGUUGCUCACAGGAACACCACUGCAGAACACCGUGGAGGAGCUGUUCAGCCUGCUUCAUUUCCUGGAACCUUCACAGUUCCCCUCAGAGUCAGAGUUCCUUAAGGAUUUUGGGGAUCUCAAGACAGAGGAGCAGGUUCAAAAGCUUCAGGCCAUUCUAAAGCCAAUGAUGCUGAGAAGACUCAAAGAGGAUGUUGAAAAAAAUUUGGCUCCAAAACAGGAAACUAUUAUUGAAGUAGAGCUGACCAAUAUCCAGAAGAAGUACUACCGAGCUAUUUUAGAGAAGAAUUUCUCCUUCCUUUCCAAAGGGGCAGGACAUACCAACAUGCCUAACCUCCUCAACACCAUGAUGGAGUUACGCAAGUGCUGCAACCACCCAUACCUCAUCAAUGGUGCAGAAGAGAAAAUCUUGAUGGAGUUUCGGGAAGCUUGCCAUAUCAUACCUCAAGAUUUCCACCUGCAGGCCAUGGUUCGGUCAGCUGGCAAAUUGGUUCUUAUUGAUAAGUUACUUCCAAAGCUUAAAGCCGGUGGCCAUAAAGUUCUGAUUUUCUCCCAGAUGGUACGCUGUCUAGAUAUUCUGGAGGACUAUCUAAUCCAGAGGAGGUACUUAUAUGAACGUAUUGAUGGGCGAGUUAGAGGCAACCUUCGACAAGCCGCUAUCGACCGCUUUAGCAAACCUGACUCAGAUCGCUUUGUCUUCUUGCUAUGCACCCGUGCUGGUGGACUUGGUAUUAAUCUUACAGCUGCUGAUACCUGUAUUAUCUUUGAUUCAGACUGGAAUCCACAGAAUGACCUGCAGGCUCAAGCACGUUGUCAUCGAAUUGGACAGAGCAAAGCUGUAAAAGUGUACCGGCUGAUCACUCGCAAUUCCUAUGAGAGAGAGAUGUUUGAUAAAGCUAGCCUCAAGUUGGGGCUGGAUAAGGCUGUGCUUCAGUCCAUGAGUGGGCGGGACGGCAACAUUACUGGAAUUCAGCAGUUCUCCAAGAAAGAGAUCGAAGAUCUGUUAAGAAAAGGUGCAUAUGCAGCCAUCAUGGAGGAGGACGAUGAGGGUUCUAAGUUCUGUGAAGAGGACAUAGACCAGAUCUUGCUGAGACGAACAACAACCAUCACUAUUGAGUCUGAAGGGAAAGGCUCAACCUUUGCAAAGGCAAGCUUUGUUGCUUCUGAAAAUAGGACAGAUAUUUCCCUGGAUGACCCAAACUUUUGGCAAAAAUGGGCCAAAAAGGCAGACCUAGACAUGGAUCUGUUGAACAGCAAGAAUAACUUGGUGAUUGACACACCUCGAGUUCGGAAGCAGACUCGACACUUCAGCACUCUGAAAGAUGACGACCUGGUUGAGUUUUCUGAUUUGGAAAGUGAAGAUGAUGAGCGGCCACGCUCCCGAAGACACGACCGCCACCACACCUAUGGGCGCACUGACUGUUUUCGGGUGGAAAAACAUCUCCUGGUAUAUGGUUGGGGACGUUGGCGAGAUAUUUUGUCUCAUGGACGCUUUAAGCGACGAAUGACUGAAAGAGACGUGGAGACAAUAUGCCGCGCCAUCCUCGUAUACUGUCUUCUGCACUACCGUGGGGAUGAAAAUAUCAAAAGCUUCAUUUGGGACUUGAUUAGCCCUGCUGAAAAUGGCAAGACAAAAGAACUGCAGAAUCAUUCAGGUCUGUCUAUCCCUGUGCCCCGUGGGCGUAAAGGGAAAAAGGUGAAGUCACAAAGUACUUUCGACAUUCAUAAGGCAGACUGGAUCCGCAAGUACAACCCUGACACUCUGUUCCAAGAUGAGAGUUACAAGAAGCACUUGAAACAUCAGUGUAACAAGGUACUGUUGAGAGUCCGGAUGCUGUACUACCUGAGGCAGGAAGUUAUUGGAGAUCAAGCAGAGAAGGUGUUAGGGGGUGCCAUAGCCAGUGAGAUUGACAUAUGGUUCCCAGUAGUGGAUCAGCUGGAGGUUCCAACAACAUGGUGGGACAAUGAGGCUGACAAAUCCCUGCUCAUUGGCGUCUUCAAGCACGGCUAUGAGAAGUACAACACCAUGCGGGCAGACCCUGCCCUGUGCUUCCUGGAAAAGGCUGGCAGGCCGGACGACAGGGCCAUUGCGGCAGAACAUCGAGUGUUGGAUAACUUCUCUGACCUGGUAGAAGGGAUUGACUUUGAUAAAGACUGUGAAGAUCCUGAAUAUAAGCCCCUCCAGGGCCCCCCAAAGGACCCAGAUGAUGAGGGUGACCCCUUGAUGAUGGCAGACGAGGAGGUCUCAGUCAUUGACGGAGACGAAGCCCAGGUCUCUCAACAGCCAGGGCAUUUAUUCUGGCCUCCAGGCUCUGCCCUAACAGCUAGGCUUCGCCGCCUAGUAACAGCCUAUCAGCGCAGCUAUAAAAGAGAACAACUGAAGAUAGAGGCUGCGGAGCGGGGAGACCGGAGGCGCCGACGUUGUGAAGCUGCCUUUAAGCUCAAGGAAAUCGCAAGGCGGGAAAAACAACAACGAUGGACAAGGCGGGAACAAACUGAUUUCUAUCGAGUAGUGUCCACCUUUGGUGUAGAGUGCGACCCUGACAGCAUGCAGUUCCACUGGGAUCGUUUCCGCACUUUUGCUCGCCUGGACAAAAAAACAGAUGAAAGCCUUACCAAGUACUUCCAUGGCUUUGUGGCGAUGUGUCGGCAAGUGUGCCGCCUUCCGCCGGCUGCUGGCGAUGAACCCCCAGACCCUAACCUGUUCAUUGAACCCAUCACUGAAGAGAGAGCCUCACGGACUCUCUACCGUAUUGAAUUGCUUCGGCGCUUACGGGAACAAGUUUUAUGCCACCCCCUUUUAGAAGAUCGGCUGGCAUUGUGUCAGCCUCCAGGUCUUGAAUUGCCCAAAUGGUGGGAACCUGUCCGUCACGAUGGGGAGCUUCUUCGAGGGGCAGCCCGGCAUGGGGUGAGCCAAACAGACUGCAACAUCAUGCAGGACCCAGACUUCUCUUUCCUGGCUGCUCGUAUGAAUUACAUGCAGAACCAUCAGGCAGGGGCAUCGGCUGCAUCCCUGUCCCGAUGCUCCACGCCGCUGCUGCACCAGCAGUGUACCUCACGUACUGCCUCACCGUCACCCCUGCGCCCAGAUGCUCCUGUUGAGAAGUUGCCUGCGGAGACUGCUGUCCAGGUCCCCAAUCUGGAGAGUCUGACUUUAAAGCUAGAGAAUGAGGUGGUGGCUAGGAGCCGACUCACCCCACAGGACUAUGACAUGCGCGUGGCCUCUUCAGAUACAGCCCCUCUACCCCGAAGCCUUCCACCAGUCAAACUGGAGGAUGAGGACGAUUCAGACUCCGAGCUGGACUUGAGCAAGUUGUCACCAUCAUCCUCUUCCUCUUCGUCAUCGUCCAGCUCCAGCUCCAGCACUGAUGACAGUGAGGACGAGAAGGAAGAGAAGUUAACUGCUGACCGGUCCCGCCCAAAGCUCUAUGAUGAAGAGAGUCUUCUGUCCCUCACUAUGUCCCAAGAUGGAUUUCCAAAUGAAGAUGGAGAACAAAUGACCCCUGAACUGCUGCUGCUGCAGGAAAGACAAAGAGCCUCUGAGUGGCCCAAGGAUCGUGUUCUGAUCAACCGCAUUGACCUCGUCUGCCAGGCUGUACUCUCAGGGAAAUGGCCUUCUAACCGCCGGAGCCAGGAAAUGACAACAGGAGGAAUUUUGGGUCCAGGCAACCAUUUAUUAGACAGUCCCUCUUUGACCCCAGGGGAAUAUGGGGACUCUCCAGUCCCCACACCACGAAGUAGCAGUGCAGCUUCCAUGGUAGAGGAAGAAGCAUCCGCAGUCACCACGGCAGCGGCCCAGUUCACCAAGCUCCGCCGAGGCAUGGACGAGAAGGAGUUCACAGUUCAGAUCAAAGACGAAGAAGGACUGAAGUUAACAUUCCAGAAGCACAGACUGAUGGCUAAUGGUGUGAUGGGAGACGGACACCCACACCCACUGUUCCAUAAGAAGAAAGGGAACAGAAAAAAGCUAGUAGAGCUGGAGGUGGAAUGCAUGGAGGAGCCAAAUCACCUUGAUCUGGACCUGGAGACCCGGAUCCCUGUCAUCAAUAAGGUGGAUGGCACUUUGCUGGUGGGUGAGGAAGCCCCUCGCCGGGCGGAGCUGGAGAUAUGGUUACAGGGUCAUCCAGAGUUUGCUGUCGAUCCCCGAUUUCUAGCGUAUAUGGAGGAACGUAGAAAACAGAAGUGGCAGAGAUGUAAAAAAAAUAAUAAGGCAGAAUUGAACUGUUUGGGAAUGGAACCAGUACAGACAACCAACUCUAGAAAUGGGAAAAAGGGUCACUAUGCCGAAACUCCAUUCACCCGGGUUUUGCCAGGGCCUAUUGCACCAGAGAACAGCAAGAAACGCGUCCGUAGGACAAGACCAGACCUCUCUAAGAUGAUGGCCCUGAUGCAGGGUGGAAGCGCUGGGUCCCUGUCUCUGCAUAACACCUUUCAGCACAGCAGUAGUGACCUGCAGUCUGUGUCGUCUUCGGGUCACAGCAGUGCCACUUGUACAUCCCUGCCUUUCAUGCCGUUUGUGGUGGGUGGUGCAGCAGCAUCCCCUCAUGCAGACUCCAGCACCAUGCUCCAUCAUCACCACCACCACCCCCACCCCCACCAUCAUCACCAUCACCACCCAGGCUUGAGAACCACUGGCUACCCUUCUUCACCAGCGACCACCGCCUCGGGCACUGCCUUGCGGUUACCCACACUGCAACAUGAGGACGAUGAUGAAGAGGAGGACGAAGAUGAUGACUUAUCUCAGGGCUAUGACAGCUCAGAAAGGGACUUCUCACUCAUCGAUGAUCCUAUGAUGCCAGCCAACUCAGACUCCAGUGAUGAUGCUGAUGACUGAAGCCCCAGAAUAGACCCCAUAGCUGGGUGGCUGCUGGAAUCUCUUACUCUGGCCCUUGGACUUUGGAAAUGUGGGAGGGGCAGGGAACAAUAUGGGGAAACCCAAGACUUCAGGAGGUGAAAAGGAAAAGAAAAAAACAA